AUGUCUAUCAAUCCAAUCCAAGGGCAGGAUAGUGGCCCUGAUGGCCAGAAUGAUGUGGUUGACGAGAAACGUCUACACCCUUCGUCUAAAGAGGGCCGCUCAAGAUGGCGGUGGUGGCAGCCCAUGGAUGAGGAGGCCAGAUACUUGACCACUAUUAACUACAGCAGCGCAGAGCGAGAAAAACGCAUCUUCGAGCUUGUCGAUGACAAUGGCUUCAACUUCAAAGUGUUCUUCGUCGCCGCAUCAGGUUUUAUGGCCUCUUCUUACACGCUGUUCGCGACCAACGUCAUCGCCCCAGCUAUAGCCUUCGUAUACCCAUCCUGCACCUUGAACAAUCAGGCCAGCUCGGUGAUCGACAUUCUCACCCUCGUCGGCUCUAUAUGCGGCAUGCUCAUCAUGGGCCACCUAGCCGACCGCGGCGGACGCAAGAAACUAUACGGCCUUGAGCUUCUUUUCCUCAUUGUUUCGACCAUGGGUGUGACCCAGGCAAGCAACGGCGUCCUAUCGGAAAACAACAAACCUUCUAUGGAUAUAUAUGGAUGGCUGGCAUGGUGGCGGAUAGCUCUCGGAUUUGGGAUAGGUGCCGAGGCAACCGUGAUCGUGGCCGAGUGGGCAUCCACCAAGUCUAGGGGGCUGAUGCUUGCCUUGGUCAAGUCCAUGCAGUCGCUGGCCCGCCUCCUUGCCGUGGGAAUAGGCUUGUGGGCCCUCAAAGCCCUAAGAUUAAUGGAUGACGAAUGGGAAACAAACGGAGACAACUCGGUCAAUCCAAGCGCAAGCGACCAAGCCAAAUGGGUCAUUGAUAUGCUUUGGAGAUGUGUUAUUGGUGUUGCCAUGCUCCCCGCCUUUGUUGCCAUCAUUGCCCGUGUCACUAUUCCCGAAACCCCAAGGUACCAUGCAGACAUCCGGAAAGACCUCCGACAGGCAGUGAAGAACUCCCUGCGAGUCUACAAGGGUAAAAAGGUGAAGGAGACCAAUACACAUGCCGCUGAGCCUCCGCUCGACGACGACAGUGACCGGUGGUUCACGGGUGCAUGGGACUACCUCAAGAAGGACUCCCAUCUUGGCCUGCGGAACCUGUGUCUGAUCAGCCUUCUUUGGGGCCUUAUGGAUGUCGGCUUCUAUGGCCUCUCUUUGGAUAGCCCCAUGGUUCUCUCGAUUCUCAGGAACAAAUGGGUUGAGAAGGACGGCAGCGACAAUUGCACUACGGGGAACGCCUGGCCGUGGAAAGUGCCGACUUGGAGACCGAGAUUUGAGCCAGACUGGAACAUCUAUAAAGUUCUGGAACGCACUUCAGUUGAAUCAUUGGAGAUUGUAUCCGUCGCCUCCACGAUGGGGAGUAUCGCGGCCCUCUUAAUGGUCAACUAUUUCCGGAGAAAGAGGAUUCUCCUCGUCACAUUCCUCAUGUCGGCUGUCUUGUUCACAACAACAGGGGCCAUCUUGAUAUCGACUUACUGCCUCAAAGAUGAGCAGGGCCAUUGCCGAGAUAACGAGGGUUACCGAAAGGUGGUCAUCGUCUUCUAUGCCAUCACCCAGUUUGUCUACAACGCAGGGCCCAAUACCAUCAUCUUCGUCUUGGCAGCCGAGAUCUUUCCUACGGUCUACCGCGGCACAUUCUAUGGCAUCGCCGCAGCUACAGGAAAAGUGGGCGCCAUCAUCAUCCGUGGUAUCAUCUUGCACUUCGGUGACAGUCACCGAGUUCUGGCCAUUCGUCUGCUAGCUUUUGGGCCUUUGAUGCUUGUUGCGGCUUUCCUCUCUUGGUACCUUCCAGAUGUUCAAUAUCCUUCGGUUGCUAAGCCGAGGGAUGUCGAGGCAUCAAUGGGAUCUCGAGUUGACUCGACACUAAAUGACCCAGUUCGGGUAGAUGAGGCAGAAGCUGCUUGUCCCCCUCGUGCAUCGGAAAGUCUUGAAGAUAACAUGAUGCUGUCAGACAUAGAUUUGGACUCAGUUUACAGUUCCGAAUCUGGUCGAGUCAGUCGCCUUCUCAGUGAGAAGCCUGCCGGAUUCUUCAGUCGCUUAGAAAACUUGACUUUGGAGCAAGUUGCCCCAACUCCCCACCGGAAACGCAGGAAGGGCAGGCCUGGGACUGUUCAUGAGACACCAGCGAGUCACUCACCAACCGUUGCUUCAGCGACAGGGGCUCUGCCAGUUUCCCCAGGGGUGCUUGGUAACGAGGUGAACAGAAGAUAG